ACAACCUCCUUCCUUCCCUCAUUUUUCUCAGUCGUUUCACAGUUGCAAAAACAACCCAUGACUCUUUAAAAGACGUGUUCUGGACACGAAUCUGCCAACAAACUUUUGACGUUAACCCCGCUAACUCUGUCAAGACCGAGGACAUCCAUCUUUCAGGCUGUCAGAGGGGAGCUUUGAAGAGACUCCCUAAGCUGGACAAGAACAUUGGAGGCUGAAAACUGAGCCAAAUUUAAACCAGGAAUUAUUCUUUCAAUAUCCAGAAAAGGCAGCUGGGCUAAGGAAAAUUUUAAAGAGAAAUCUUGAGUCAAGCAAACGUGAAUCUUUAAAGUCCCUUAAGCAACAACCUCAGUUACAACCAAAACAAUGGAACUCCAGAAGAUGAAUGGACACAGCAAGGAUGAAGGGUUUGAUGGGCUGGACGUCAUGGCUGAACACGAGGAGUUUCUCCCUCAUAAAACUGGUGCUAAGAAAGAAAUGCACUUUACAGAUUUCGAGGGAAAGACUUCAUUCGGCAUGUCCGUCUUUAAUCUCAGUAACUCCAUAAUGGGCAGUGGAAUUCUUGGAUUGGCUUUUGCAAUGUCCAACACUGGAAUCAUUCUUUUUUUAAUCCUGUUGAUGUCCAUUGCCAUUCUUUCUGCGUAUUCCAUCCAUCUCCUGCUGAAAUGUGCUGGAGUCGUCGGGAUCCGGGCGUAUGAACAGCUGGGGAAUCGGGCGUUUGGCUCCGUGGGAAAAAUAGUGGCUGCGUGCAUUAUAACAAUACACAACAUCGGAGCAAUGUCCAGCUAUCUCUUCAUCGUCAAGUCUGAGCUCCCUCUGGUUAUUCAAGCUUUUCUUGGAACUAAUGUAAACACCGGAGAGUGGUUCAUGAAUGGAAACUACCUGAUCAUCAUUGUUAGCGUUUCCAUCAUUCUUCCUCUAGCACUCAUGAAACAACUUGGUUACCUGGGCUACACCAGUGGCCUCUCCCUCACUUGCAUGGUGUUCUUCCUCAUUUCGGUUAUCUACAAGAAAUUCAAUAUUGAUUGUCCGCUGGAGGGAGAGGAUCAUCCUAAUGUGACGGUUUUUGCUGACGACCACGUUGCCAUGAAUGAGACGAGCGACUUAUGUGAAGCCAAGAUGUUUACCGUCAACUCACAGACCGCGUACACAAUCCCAAUCCUGGCCUUUGCUUUUGUCUGUCACCCCGAGGUGUUACCGAUCUACACCGAACUGCGAGAUGCCACCAAGAAACGUAUGCAGGGUGUCGCCAACAUUUCCAUCUUGGCCAUGUUUCUCAUGUACCUGCUGACGGCUCUUUUUGGAUACCUCACCUUCUAUGGUGCUGUGGAGUCCGAGCUGCUCCACACCUACAGUCGCUUGGGCUUCAAGGACGUCCUGAUCCUCUGCGUGCGUCUCGCGGUGCUCGUGGCCGUCACGCUCACCGUCCCCGUGGUUCUGUUUCCGAUCCGCAGGGCUCUACUCCAGAUCUUGUUCCCUGACAAGCCUUUCCACUGGGCCAGACACAUAGCCAUCGCAUUCUGUCUCAUCUUCGUGGUCAACCUGCUCGUUAUCUUCGUGCCCUCUAUCCGCGACAUCUUUGGCAUCAUCGGAGCCACAUCUGCUCCCACCCUCAUCUUCAUCCUACCUGGCAUCUUCUAUGUCCGGAUUGUUCCUGAAGAACAGGAGCCUUUACUGUCCAGACCUAAGAUUCAGGCUGCAUGCUUCGCUGCCCUGGGAUUCAUCUUCAUGAUCAUGAGUUUGUCGUUCAUCAUCACCGACUGGGUGACCGGGGAGUCCAGAAGCGGAGGUGGACACUAGCUGCCACUACCGAACAGCGACACCAUGAAAACAAUGCAACCAAAGCUCCCCGUCAUUAAAUUACCCCCUAAUCUGCCGAGCUGGACGGUUCGGCUGGAAAGAUAUGUGAAGGGCCUUCCACCACAACACCCCCCCCCAAAAAAAGAAAAGAGAAAUUCAAAAGUGAUGGGGCCGACCAAAGGUCAAAAGGACAAAAGGUCCUGUAACGGAGGAGAGAACAAAGAUGCAUGAGAAUACUAAGAAAUAUGUUCUGACUUAUUGAAACCUGUGUCACAGGCUGCAGCAGGGAGGUGUAGAAAUGAAUAGGAACGGAGUAUUCCAAGUUACAGUAUCAAGGAUGAAUGGGAACAGCGUGACUCAAAUGGAAAUCCUAUUUUAGAGGAUGGAUGUGUAGAGUGUCCUGGAAUAACUCAGUCACUGCCAAGCUCCUCACGAUCUCCGAGUGUACACGACAGAAAUGUGAUGAUGAGCGUUUGCUUUUUAUAAAAGAAAAUUACUGUCAGUUGCGAUUUUGUAAUAUAUUAGAGACACGUGUCAAAAAUCUAAAAAUUCUCUCAACGUGACAGAUUCAGCUCAGCGCGACGAGCGAGGGGUCAGUCUGCAGAUCCCUGACCUCUCCAAUCUGUCAAACUUCACUGACUUGUACAUGGAAAUGAAUGAAUGUGUUUUAAUAUGAUCAUUUGUUAAUAUAAUUCUGACAGUUAGACACGAGGUUAUCAUCGUCACAGAUGAGGCUGACGUGACCUUUCAUAUGUUGCAGCUUCUGGGGGUUUUGCUGCUAUAAUCAUGAAGGUCAAACGUACAGUUACUGACAAAUCACACACAGAGACAGACAAAGAGAGGAGGUUUGCACAAUAUCAAGUUUAUCCAUGUCGCUGAAGACGUCAUAGCUGCAAACCAAAGAAUUUAUUUAUUGUGUCAUAUUGAGAUGGGUUUCAACACAUUCUUUUUUAAAACAAAAUCAUGUUCAGCAAAGUCCAGUUAUCGAAUAAAUGUAAAAAAAAAAAAAUCCGGGUUUAGAAACGCGGUUUUUUCUUUCACGGAAUUAAGUUAAAAAUAAAAUAACUUUUUUCAAAAAUUGCCAUUCCGCCUGUACAUUUUUAAAUAAAUUUGAAUGUUGUUAUCUGUCAAUAAAAAUAUGUCUCUCAUUUGUA